UGCCUGAUCAGCUGUUUGUGCAGUGCCGACGCACCAGUCAGUCGUGUGGUGGCAGUGCAAGUGGCAGUGGCAGUGUGGCGCGGUCGGAUCACUAUGGCACCCAAUAAACUUAACCUCAACGAUGAUCAACUAUUUUCAUUAAUGAAGCUAAGGCGUAACGUGGCAGACGUAUGUACCCUUCCGUACCAUGAUGACCAAUUUCUACUUCGAUGGCUCAGAGCAAGAAAUUUCGACUGCGCUGCAGCAGAAAAGAUGUUGAGAGAGUCCCUGAAAUGGAGGGCUGAGUGGGACGUAGACAACCUGGAAGAAUGGGAGGCGCCUGCGGUGUUCGAGCAGUACUACCCCAGCGGCAUCUGCGGGUUCGACAGGGAGGGCUCUCCCGUCAUCGUGCUGCCCUUCUCAGGCAUGGACAUCUGGGGCAUGCUCCACACAGUCACUAAGGCCGAUUUGAUCAAGCAGACGAUUCGCACAGUGGAGCGACACCUGGCUCUGGCUCGCAGUCAGGCCUCGAUCCACGGGCAUCAGGCCUCCCAGCUGGUCGCCAUCAUCGACAUGACGGACUUCAACCUUCGCCAGUACGCCUGGAGACCAGCGAGCGAGCUUGUCAUCGCCAUGAUCCAGAUGUACGAAGCUAACUACCCAGAGAUCCUUAAAGCCUGCUACAUCAUCAACGUGCCGAAGGUGUUCGCCCUGGCCUUCUCUAUCGUGAAGAACUUCUUGAACGACUACACGAUCAGCAAGAUCCAGAUCUUCAAGGCGGAGCCGGGCAAGUGGGGACCGGCUCUUCUGCGGCAGAUACCCGCCGAGAACCUCCCUCAGCAGUAUGGCGGUGACAUGGUCGACCCUGACGGUGAUCCGAGGUGUCCUUCCAAGGUUCCACAAGGAGGAAAGGUGCCAAAGUCCAUGUACGUACGCAAGAGCGACCGGCUGGCCUCCGAAGGGAAAGACAGCUAUUGCAGCGCCACGGUGCGGAAAGGGGAGAAACUAAGGCUCAACUACUUGGCCGCUCAAGAGGGUUCGUUCCUCAAGUGGGGUUUCUACAGCGAUGGACACGACAUCAAGUUCGGAGUGUCCAGCAAGGACGAGGAGGGUCGGGAGACGGUGGUGGUUCCUGUCCACAGGGUGGAGUGUCACAAGACAGAAGAGGUGGGGACCAUAGAGUGCCCUACCCCUGCCACUUAUACGAUAAUAUUCGACAACUCCUACAGUUAUUUGCGCAACAAGAAGCUCCAUUACUCCAUCUCCAUAACAACUCCAGAUUCUCCAGAUAACUCCCCAGAGGAAUGACACUCCUGGAGUUGAGGAGACCAAAAAACUCCUUUCUUCCUCAUCAAUAAGCUCUCUGCUCCUACUGCUCAGUAUUACGCCUUCAUACCCUUGAAGAGCUUUACCUAGGGAUAUCUUGUACAUACUAUAUUUUCACACUUCAUCGGUAAUCCUGUUACCCAGAACUGUUUAUUGAUUAGAGAAUGUGUAUUUUUUUAAUUGUAGUUUACACGCAAUGUUAGUUGUUUUGUUUUGCUCCUUUUCCACCUACAUAUAUUUUUAAGAAGAGUGUUUUAAUACAGUUUAUGGGUGUUUUUCCUAACCUAUCUCUUUUUGUAUUAUGAUUUUCGUUCUAUUUUAUUAGAGUAGACAAAAACUGAAUUAGUGCUCAAACACAGUGUGUGCAGUGCGUAAAAAGUGGUUCACGAGUGACAUAAAUGCAAUUGAGAGUUUCGAUACAAAAACUGUAAAUAACGGCAAAACUCCUUUGUCUAUUUUUAUCAUACUCUAAUUUGUUCAGUUCAAGGUGCUCAUAAUUUGUUUGAAAAAGAUUUUUUAAGCAGUAACAGAACUGUUUCAUUAAGAUGUAAUUCAGAUGCACAGGUAAGUGUUUAAACAGUACCUUAUUUGCCCUGAAAUAUGUAUUUACACAAUCAAUAUCUUUUCAUUAAUUAUUUGUUUGUAAGCUUCAACUCAGUAUCAUAUGAAUAAAAAAUACAAGUUUUAAAUUACCAGGUUAAUUCGUUUUAUAGUUACAUUAAUUUCUGUUUCUUCCCCAAAAGUAGCUUCUGCUAAGUGUGAAGAACAACACAAUAAUAAAGGGAAUGUUUCUGCAAAGCAUAAAAUGCUCCAAAUUACAUUUUAUCUUAGUUUUAGUGCAUGAUUUUUGUAUAAGAGUUAAUGUUGUAUUGUACAGUUAAUAAUAAUAAUGUAUGUUGAAAACUG